AUGUUGCGGAUUUCGGAGCAGACACGAUCAAAUGGAAGAAAAGGUUUCAUGAUUUGGAAUAAAUGCCUUGUGGAGUUGACAUCUAAGGUUGGUGAUUCGAGCCCAAUUUUUGGCAUUAUGGCUGGGAUGAUGGAGAACAUCUCAAGUAUUACAGUUAUAGGAAGAACUACAGAUGGAUGGAUGGAGGAGCAUCAUCGGAGCCUGCAGGUGGACGUGAGUGGAGGUGGAAGGUAGAAUAUAGGAGGCCAAGCUACUGAAAGGUCAUUUUCAUUAUGAAUCUUUAUGAUGACCUGUUGUUCAUGUAGAAGUUACUUGCUAAUAUACUUUCCGUUUUAGAGUUUGAAUGGAAUGUUGGUUAUUUUGGUUUAUGAUAUAUGAUUUCCAUU